CGUGACUGGGAGGAGCCUGGCCUGGAGUGCGCGCUGGCCGCGGGGCGCGGGCGCCAUGGCGGAGCCCACCGUGUGCUCCUUCCUCACCAAGGUGCUGUGCGCGCACGGCGGCCGCAUGCUCCUGCCGGACCUGCGCGCCCACGUGGAGCUGUCGGAGGCGCGGCUGGGCGCGGUGCUGCGCCAGGCGGGGCCCGACCGCUUCCUGCUGCAGGAGGUGGCGGUGCCCGCGGGCCCCUGGGACCCCGAGGCCGAGGUGGCGGCGGGCGCGGGCGGCGCGGGCGGCGGCCCCGCGGCCUGGCGGGUGGUGGCCGUGUCCUCCGCGCGCCUGUGCGCCCGCUACCAGCGCGGCGAGUGCCAGGCCUGCGCCCAGCUGCACCUCUGCCGCCGCCACAUGCAGGGCAAGUGCCCGCACCGCGACUGCUGGUCUACCUGUACCCUUUCCCAUGAUAUCCACACACCUGUCAACAUCCAAGUGCUGAAAAACCAUGGGCUUUUUGGCCUCAAUGAGGCCCAGCUUCGGAUUCUGCUCUUACAGAACGACCCCUGCCUUUUACCAGAGGUCUGUCUGUGCUACAACAAAGGGGAAGCCCUGCAUGGCUACUGCAUCCUCAAGGACAAAUGCAACAAGUUUCACGUGUGCAAGUCCUUCGUCAGGGGGGAGUGCAGGCUUCAGAAAUGCAAACGGUCCCACCAGCUCAUCCACGCCGCAUCCCUGAAGCUGCUGGAGGACCAAGGACUGAAUGUUUCCAGUGUCGUCAAUUUCCAGAUCAUCUCUACCUACAGGCACGAGAAGCUGCACAAGAUGCUGGAAAAUAAAGAUAAUUCAUCUGCUUCUGUGGAGCACUCCCAGGGCCUUGAGAAGCAAGGAAGACCAGCUCCUGGGGCUGCAGAAGCCCGUCCCCCGGCUUCUGCCCCUGCCCAGGCGGCCAAGAAGCCAAGCGCAGGCCAAUAUUGUGUGUGCUGACCUACUUGCGGCUUUUGAUCCUGUGACUCUGCGUUUGUAAGUUCCCUCUCUCUCGGUGUCCCCCUUCUUCCCUUCACCUGCCUUAAAACCUGGUAAAAUUUGGUUCUUUAAAUGCCGGUUAAGGAGAGUCCUCAGCUCUCUAGCAUAGCACUUACUCCUUUGUAUUGCAGUGCCUUGUGCUUUUUCCCUAUGAUUGAACAGAAAUGUUAUUUUCUUGGGAAUUCUAACUGGUAUUUAGAUAUUUUAAGUAUGUAAAUCUAUACAUUUAUAAAUAAAAUUCAUUUGUAUUUUAUAUGUGCAUUUAGUAAUUUUUUUUGUUUUUAUUGCUAUAUACUCAAAGUAUAUUUUUUUUUCUGAGUGCUGUUUUGAGUUUUUGUAAACUGAUUUAUAAUGUCAUUAAUUUUUUCCCAGCUCUUUUGAGAAAUAAUGGACACAUAACAUGUGGAAGUUUAAGGUGUGCAAGGCUAUGAUUUCAUGCAUUUAUACUUGCAAAAUGAUGACUACAAUGAGGUUAGUUAGCACAUUUAUCACCUCACAUUUAUUAUUAUGUUAACAAUAAUGUAUUAUUGUCUCAUUGAGUUACUCUUUAAUAUUAUUUAGGAAUACUUUUACAAAAAAAUUUUUUUAAUAUAAUAUAUCAUUAUGGAAAUUUUGGAGAAUACAGGAAUGUAUUAAGAAGUAAGUAAUUAUCCAUAAUACUACUGUGUAGAGACAAUCACUGUUAGUAUUUUAAGAUAUCUUUUUCAGUCAUUUUUUUCAUGUACAUAUUCUUAAAUAUUGAGAGUAUACCAUAUAUACAAUUUCAUGUUAUGUUGUUUUGAACUGACAUUAUUUGCUAACCAUUUUCCUAUAUAAUUGAAAGCACUAACAAUUAUAUGUGAUGAUUUUGUUAAAUUUUUUUAUAUAUAUCAUUUAUUUAAUCAUAGUCCUGUUGUUGGAUAUUAUUGUUUGCUACAUUCUGGUACAUAAAUCUUUGUCUGCGCUUCUGAUCAUUUUCUUAGAUGUGGCUAUCCUGUACCAGAGGUAUGAAUAGUUUAGUCAAAAAAGCAUUUUGAAAAUGCCCAAGUGGCUGGACCAUUGACCCUCUCAGCAGUGUGGGGAUUGCCACUCUCCAGCAGCGUGUGCUGAAGGUACUUCCAUUGGGAUGGAAGACACAGGGUACCUUUUGUUUCUAAUGAGUUCUUCUGAGCAGGCAUUUAGAAAAGUACAUUGGUACUAAUUGCUACUUAACUACACGUUAAAGGCUCUAUUUUAAUCUGCUAGGCAUUAGCAUUAUGAUGCUGUGUGCAGUUUCUGAUGUUUUAUCUUUACUGAGAUUAUCUGCAUGGUCAGGUUGUAUGAGUGUGUGGUGUGUGUGUGUGUGUGUGUGUGUGUGUGUGUGUGUGAACUGACCGUGCAUUUAUCUUACAAGGAUAAAGUUUUAUUCUCCUGGGGCCUCCGAGGUGUUCCCUCUCAGGUGUUUAUGUCCCAGUACAUUUUUGUUUUAUGCAGAAAGUGAGACUGCCUCCCUCUCAUACACAUGGCAGGCCUCGGUUCAGGGAAGCGUCUGCUGACCUGAGUUGACCGUGUCUGCUUUCAGGUUUGGAGGGGCUCCUCUGGUCGAGGAAAACUCGGGAAUGCCUCAGACAGACCAUCCUGUGGGUCACACCUCUCCAGGCCCAUCACUGCACACCGGAAAACAGAAAGCAUCUUCCUUGUUCGAUCUCGUCUCAAUAUGUUCACGUUGCUCCCUCUGGUCUCUCCAGGUGCUGGGGUUCCUGACAUCUGAAACUUCUUCGGGAAACAGUGUCUGGCUGGGCUUCUUUGGGUCACUGCGUCUCCAGCCAUAAGCCCCUGCACCCACUGUAACCCCAUUCCUCACACCUACCCUGUCACAGGAGGUGGGAAGGAGUUUUCCAAGUGGCUGCAUUGCUGGGCUCCCCAUCACUCACUCACCUCGCUGGCUGAGGAGUCCCUGCACUGGAGCACCAGGCACAGGGACAGCGGCUGCUGGCUGCGUGGGCAGAGCGCUCUGUGUUAGUGACCUGGGUGACGGAGGCGCAUAGAGUCCCACCACACAGCUGCCCUGGCUUCACAGCCCACCAUCCUCCUCUUCCCUCCAGGACUCUCCACGGAGAAUCCAGUGAGUGUCCAAACCGCUCCAACUCAAAGACGCAUCACCCAUCAGAGCUCACACAUAAUGUAAAGAUACUAGAGGCCGAGCACUGGGGCUCAGGGUCCCUCAGCCCGGCCUGCGCCCUUUCAUAGUCAGGAGCCCUCGGAGGAUGCCCAGUUGACGGCUUAAGAUCGCUAUCCAUUCUAAGCCACAGUCAGACAUCCUUAGUGCUACCACGGAGGCAGGCUGCUGCGCCCCCCAGCCAUCAGCCCGGCUUGUGGCUGAGCAGCACUCCCCCUGUGGGAGUGCACUGACCAGCAGGGGGCAGCUCCUGUGUUGAGCAUCUGCCCCUGGUGGUCAAUGUGCGUCAUAACAACUGGUUGUCCUGCUGUUCGGUCAAUUUACAUAUUACCCUUUUAUUAUAUAGAAUUAUUACGUAGGAUAUCAUCAUUGCCUGGUUGCUAUGGGUCAGUUGCUUUAUCGUUGACUCAUGCACUAAGAGAUUGCUGGUUCAAUUCUUGGUUAGGGCACAGGCUUGACCCCCAAUAGGAGGCAUGCAGGAAGCAGCUGACCAAUGUUUCUCUCCCAUAGAUGUUUCUGUCUCUCUCCCUCUUCCUCUAAAACAUCAACAAAAACAAAAAAAAAGAUAUAUCAUUAAGAUAGUUUAGGUUAGGCCACAUUAGCAAACAACCAUUAAAUCUCAUGACAGCAAUUAAGAUUUGCUUUUCACUUGUGCUCAUGGUGGUUGGUUUCAGUUACGUUCCAUGUCCUUUUCACCUUGGGACCCAGUUUGACAGAGUAGACGCCGUCUGGACCAGUGCUGGUGUCCUGCAGGAAGAAACCUCAAGCUGACUCUUACAAUGAGGGUCUAUCUACUCUCCUUGCGUGGGUCAUGUGGCCACCCUGUGCACAGCAGGGCUGGAACGUAUCAUCCUACAUGGAGAGGUAUGGCAGGUCACAUGGCCACGCCUAACGUCAAUGGGCAAAGGUGAUAGUGCGCCUCCAGGACGCCCCGGUUAAUAUUGUCAACUCUAUAAUACAGUCACCACAGGAGGCAGCUCAGACAGGCGGUCUUCCUUGAGCUGCUGUGGAUGUGGGGGGCUUGUCCCUUUAAGAAUGCUAUAGAAUUUCUGAUGUUGGCAUACAUUGACAGCUUCCCCCGAGAUGUGCUCAACACUGACUGCAUGCUGACGAUGGAGGCAAACCAAGGUACUGCAGAGUUCUCGUUCUGGCCAGCGGCUGGAGGGACCCAGACCAGCACAGAGCCCCUGGGUCAGGAAAGGCGUGGAUGUGGGGCAGAGUGGCUACGUCGUUCAGGCUCAGGCGUGGCUUAGGCUACGGUGAACCGACUGUCCCUGGCUGCCCAGGACUGAGCGGUUUCCCUCAACAAUGUCAGGCACAGCCGGCCAACUGGUCACCCUAUCACAGGUGCUCUUCAUGCUGUCCCUUUUUUUCAACAUUGGCUUCUGGUGAAGUUGGGUUAAGGAAAUAGGUUGAUUCACUGUGUAGCAUUUAUAAUCCCUGAUUGGAUCAGCAAAGUAUGGGAGUGUGUGUGUGUGUGUGUGUGUGUGAGAGAGAGAGAGAGAGAGAGAGAGAGAGAGAGAGAGAGAGAGCGCGCCCCUGUGCCUUUAUCGGGGAAGGAAAAGCUCAUUCUGUGGCAAUGGAUAUUGCUUAUGGUUCAUCCAAUGAGGCAAUUGAUGCUGCUGGUAAGUCACCACAAGCAAUCCACCCUGGAACAGACAUGCCCUCUGAAAAGCCAUAAUUUGAUGGUUGAUGCCACUCCAUGCCUCUGGGCCUCGUUUUGCUUCUAAGACAAUAGGGCAGCGUCAGCUGGCAGAUGGCAGGCCAAGUUCUUGAGACACCCUCACCUGUAACCACUGAAUGUCAAAAGUUUACAGCAGAAGCACUUCAUCACAGACCCGUGCACCGUCCCUUCCGCUAAUCCCUGCUGUCGUCACCAGCUUCGUGGUCAUUUUCUCCUCCGCCCUCUGCCCCGAACCUCCCUGUACACCAGCCACUGCCAUUCAGUUUAUGGAGGGAAGUGUCCGCUUCCAUGGACUUCCAACCACCUUGUCCCUGAUGGUUUGCAUUCUGGUCCACCUGGCUCUGCCCAUUCUGUGGAAGAAGGAACAUGUUGGCUGAAUUUCAGAGGUGUCCUGCUCUUACAGGUUCUCCAGGUAAGACAGUUGGUCUGUCCAUCUCCUGCCACUCAUUCCACUUGGGGGUUGGUGAAUAACAAAACCUUAUGCUUUUCCCAUUGGGAAUGUACUCGCCACCUGUCAACUAUCAUGAGGACUGCUAUUUCAGCUCCAAGAUCUGUACUAAGUUAUAAGGUUAACCCCUUACAAGGGGAGGGAUUCCAACCAGCGGGGGUUAUACUCCAGGGACCUCCCAGAGGCAUGACUGGGAGGAGGCCAAAUUAAGACAGCAGUGAAUUUGUAGGCACAUUUUCCUUUUUUUGUCUCUGAGAAGGGAUUUAUGUUUUCCCUAUAAAAUCUGUAUCUUUGACAUAUGAAAGGCUUGUAUCUGCUACCCAAUCUUCUGCAAUGAGAAGACAAAACAGGAUGUGGCAUAUAAGCCUUGGGUAUUGGGCUCAUUUAGAGGUCAGAGCUUAUCUCUCCACCUCCCAUAACUAUAUGCAUCAAAACUAACUACAAGUUGGAGAUGAGGACAACCAAAGUCCAUUUUCUGCUAUUCAGAAAUGCCUCUAUUUUUACCUGAUCUUGGAGGUUUGGUGUGUAUUGAAUAUAUUGUUUCACUUUUUCUGCUCCGUGGCCUCCCUGUCAAGCUGCUGUUGAUCUAUGAACACAUAUGUAAGUACAUUAGAAGUGUUCGUUGUUGGUAGAACCAUGAAUAAAUUUUUCUGUAAUUUUAAUAAUCACAAUGUUAAUUAUCUAUUUUGGGAGUUAGGAAUGUCUAUCAUAUACAUAUAUAUAGUAUGUUUACAUAGUAUGACAUAUAAUACAUAUGGACAUCUCUAUAUAUAAUGCAUUAUAUAGAGAGUUUGAACAUCUUUCUCAUCUAUAUCCUCCCCACCCUCUGGAUUCUCUUUGAUCCUCACUCCCAAUAGGGUAAAACUAUCUGCUCACAACUUUGUUCACCUGUCAACUCCUUCAUUUUUUGGCUCUAUGUUUUUUUCUCUCUUUUCUUUCUAAUUGCUGGUUACCUCCUAAUUGCAUAUUUAUUUAUAUAUUUAAUGCACAAAAUUCAUGCAAAGGACUCGGCUCCCGCAGCCCCAGCUUCAGCUUAAAGGUCAUCUGGAAUGCUUUUAUUGUUAUAGAUUUUUAACCAGCACACAAAAAAAAUGUUUAUUAGAAGGAUACAAUAGUAAACUCAUAAAUGAAGGCUUCUUCCCUUUUAAGUUGGAUAUGAUUUAUUACUCAUUAUUAUUUAACUGAAUUUAUUAGGGUGCGUUAGAUUAUAGGUUUCAGGUGUACAAUUAGAUCAUAUAGGUUUCAGGUGUACAAUUCUAUAAUUAUCUGUAUAUUGCAGUGAUAUUCAACCGGUGUGCACAAGAGUGUUUAAAACAUGCCAUACCUGACUAGUUAGGGACACUGAUGUUUUCUCUCUUAGAUUAUCAAAUUAAAAAUGACAGCAGCCAAC